AUGGGUCGUGUUCGUACCAAAACCAUUAAGAAAGCGUCGCGUCAAAUUAUUGAAAAAUAUUAUACAAAAUUGACGCUCGAUUUUCAUACAAACAAACGUGUUGUUGAAGAAAUCGCUAUCAUCCCAACAAAACGUCUCCGCAAUCAAAUCGCUGGUUUCAUUACACAUUUAAUGAAACGUAUUCAAGCUGGGCCUGUCCGUGGUAUAUCAAUUAAACUUCAAGAAGAAGAACGUGAACGACGUGAUAAUUACGUACCAGAAACAUCAGCACUUGAACCACAAGGUAUGAUCGCCAUCGAUCAAGAUACCAAGGACAUGUUAAACGCAUUCGAUUUCAAAUCAUUACCUAAUGUUGGCGUACAAGAAGCAAAUGACCAACAAAAUCAACAAGGUGGAAAUCAACGUGGUGGCCAUGAUCGACAACAAGGUGGUUAUGCUCGACGAGGUGGAUUUCAAUAA